AUGUGGCUCACCUCAGCGCUGGCACUUCUCACUGUCCUCUCCCCCUCUCUGGCCAUGUCAUUCAAUCCCUCGACAUACACAUGGUACACCACCCCAGCUGCGGACUUUGCCUCCACCCUCCCAAUCGGCAAUGGCCGCCUCGCAGCCGCAAUCUGGGGCGGCGCAGUUGACAACAUCACCCUGAACGAGAACUCCAUCUGGAGUGGCCCCUUCCAAGACCGCGUGAAUCCAAACGCGUACGAGGGGUUUACGGACUCACGGGCUAUGCUUGAGGCGGGCAAUCUCAGUUCCGCCAAUGAUGUUGUGCUGCAAGAUAUGGUGAGUAUCCCGAGCAGUCCGAGGGAGUAUCACCCGCUUGGAUCGUUGAGGUUGGAUUUCGGGCACGAUGCGACUAGUCUACAGAGUUAUACGCGCUUUUUGGAUCUGGGUACCGGGGUGGCAGGUGUGAGGUAUCAGGUUGGGGAUGUAGUUUACAGUCGGGAGUAUGUUACUAGUCAUCCUGAUGGGGUGUUGGCUGUUCGGCUGCGAGCGAGCAAGAACGGUGCUUUGAAUGUGGUUACCUCGUUGGAGAGAAGUAGAUAUGUGGAGAGCUUGACUGCCGUGAGCAGCAGGGGCAUGGGUACUUUGACUCUGAAGGCGAAUAGUGGGCAGAGUACGGAUCCUAUUAGGUUUACUGCGCAGGCGAGGGUGGUGAACCGUGGAGGUCGAAUCACUACCAACGGAACCGCGGUUGUGGUCGCUGGUGCCUCGACUGUGGAUAUAUUCUUUGACACCCAGACAUCCUAUCGAUAUCCCGAUGAGACCGAGCGGGAUGCGGUGGUCAAGAAACAGCUAGAUGCUGCAGUAAAAGCAAGCUACCCAGCAGUGAAGCAAGCUGCAACCUCAGACUACAAGUCUCUUUCUGGCCGCGUCAAACUGGACCUGGGUUCGUCCGGAUCCGCGGGAAACCAGCCCACGGACAUCAGACUCAAGAACUACAAAACCGAUCCCGACAGAGACCCCGAAUUGAUGACCUUGAUGUUCAACUUUGGCCGCCACUCGCUCAUUGCAUCUUCCCGCGCAGGAUCAUCAUCCGGUCUUCCCGCCAACCUCCAGGGUAUCUGGAACCAGGACUACUCGCCCGCCUGGGGAGGCAAAUACACCGUCGACGUCAACCUGCAGAUGAACUACUGGCAUGCGCAGGUUACCAACCUUGCAGACACAUUUGAGCCUGUCAUUGACCUCAUGGAUAAGGUCGUCCCACACGGACAGGAUGUCGCCAAGAAAAUGUACCACUGCGACACUGGGUAUAUCCUGCACCACAACACCGAUCUCUGGGGAGAUGCUGCUCCCGUUGACAACGGAACCAAGUGGACCAUGUGGCCGAUGGGCAGUGCGUGGUUGUCGAUGAAUCUGAUGGACCAGUUCCGCUUCACUCAAGACAAGACUCUCUUACAAGAGCGUAUCUGGCCGCUCCUCAAGAGCGCAGCCGAUUUCUACUACUGCUACCUCUUCGACUUUGAAGGCUACUACACCAGCGGUCCCUCGAUCUCGCCCGAGAACGCAUUCAUAAUCCCAGAGGAUAUGACUAUCGCGGGUAAAUCCACAGGAAUCGACCUCUCCCCAACAAUGGACAACCUCUUACUCCACGAGCUUUUCACCGCCGUCAUCGAAACCUGCAAGGCCCUCGAUAUCACAGGCGAGGACCUAACCAACGCCCAUAAAUACAUCUCCAGAAUCCGACACCCCCAAAUUGGCUCCUACGGGCAGAUCCUCGAGUGGCGACGUGAGUACGAAGGGACGGAACCAGGACACAGACACAUGAGUCCCAUCCUCGGCCUCUACCCCGGCUCCCAGAUGACACCGCUCGUCAACCAGACCUUGGCAAAUGCAGCCAAAGUCCUACUAGACCACCGCAUCACCUCCGGCAGCGGCAGCACAGGCUGGUCGCGCGCAUGGACAACGAGUCUCUACGCGCGUCUCUUCGACGGCAACAGCGUCUGGCACCACGCGCUGUACUUCCUGCAAAACUACCCAACCGACAACCUGUGGAACACGGACCACGGGCCUGGCAGUGCGUUCCAGAUCGAUGGCAAUUUUGGCUUCGCGGCGGGAAUCGCGGAGAUGCUGCUACAGAGUCAUGCGGUGGUGCAUCUCCUCCCGGCGCUGCCGGGUGCUGUUCCAGAUGGUCGUGUGAGUGGUCUGGUGGCGCGGGGAAAUUUCGUCGUUGAUAUGCAAUGGAGCAAUGGGGAGUUGAAAUUCGCCAAGAUUGAGUCCAGGAGCGGAGGGGUGCUUGCUUUGAGGGUGCAGGAUGGGAAGCCGUUUACUGUGAACGGGGAGGAGUAUACAGGGGCGGUCCGGACUGUUGCGGGAAAGCCCUAUACAGUCAGGUUGAAAUGA